AUGGCUGAGCACUGUGAGGAAGGUAGGCCGAUUAGAACAGAAAAUAACAUGGCUCAAAUUAGACCUUUCCGGUAAUUACGUCACAACUACACUGUUUUCAACUUAGGACAACCUUAAAUGGAAUAUAUUUCAAGUUUGUUUCUCAAGGGCUAUGCACAUAGAAGCAGAACAUCCUUCGUCAGCACAUGCAUAGAAAUGGAUUUUGACUAUUAAAUGUGGAAAUAAGCUUAAGGUGGCUCCCUAGGGUUUUUUAAUUUACUACACUAUAGUAUUCAGGAGACUCUUUGUUUCUUUACUUUACAUGAUAUGAAGACGAAAUUUAUUGGACACAUUGACAAUGUUCUCCUGAACAUUGCAAAUUGCUACUUUUGUGUUAAAAAUAUGUUGUCAUGGCAACAGCAUGCUUAGAAUAAAGCUCAAAAUUUGUCUUUUUCAGGUCAUUUUAAAAAGUUCCUUCGGUGAAAUUUUUUAAAACUUUGCAUAAAAGAUAAUACUUGUAUAAUGAAUUUUUCUCCUCAAUUUAAAAAAAUUAAAUCGAUACGUUUCUUAGAAAAUUUAAAAAACGUCAAAAAUCUAUAUUAAAAAGUUUCCCUUCGAUUUAAUUUUAAGAAAAAAGGAUAUUGCACUUGUUGUACCGAUAUUAAAAAAUGUGCAAAGUUUUAAAAAAUUUUACCGAAGGAAAACGGAGAAAUUUGGGAUUAAUUUUGGCAAUUUUUACUAGAUUUUUACGCGAACAAUUUAAUACCCCAACUGACGUGUACAUGCAUUCUGCAUAAAACAACAAGGCAUGACUUUUUUGAAAUCACAAAAUAUAAAUUAUGUUUGAUAUACUGUUUAUAACUGUAUCGGUUAAUGGUCAACUACGCGUGGAUUAUACAUGUAAAAAUGGCAAAGAUAUUUAGGUAACUACUGGUUAUGACUUCUUGGUAUUAAUUUGAAAAAUGUUUGUCAAAAUUCGUCCCGUGCGAGUACUAUCGUCGGAUGUUUUCGCAAAAUGCCCGUUCAAAUUUCAGUUUUUAUAGCGGUAUGUUUGGAGUUUCGGCCCUACUCAUUUCACCCGUAGAGGGCUCUUUAUUUAAGUCAUCUUUAUUGUCAUAAGCGCUGCUAGAUUGUGGAGAAAACACUGCAAAUUCUUGAGUAAACUUUAUAUCCCAAUGUUCACGAUCGAACCUCGCGUACGGCGGUUCAAAAAACAUCCAGAAUACCGCUUGAAAACAAACAAGUUUACAUUAUCUUCUUUUGAAACAUCACAUCCAAGUAUCGUUUUGGCUUUUAGAACUCUUUUAUGCUUUCAACUAAAGCAAAGUUCACACUUUUGUUUCAAAAAAGAGUUUCAUAUAAAACACAACGUUCGUUCGUAUUUUGAAGUCACACGAGUUUUAGUUUACAUAUAUACGAAGAACGUAACCCCCGGAAAUAAAACCCUAGGGAGCCACCUUAAAUACGAAAACGAGGCUAAGGGGCCUUGAAUUAUUGAUUAUCAUAAUGCACACACGAGAGUACACGCAAAAAAGCGCAAAAAAGAAACCAAUAAAAAAAUCGCGGGAAACAGAAACGGCAACUUCAAAGAAGACGUGAUCAUCAACGUACAAUAGAAUUUUACUCUAAGACAAAAAGGCGACUAUAAAUUGUAUUCCCUUCAGCAUUCUAGUACGCCGCAGUUAUUCAAACUGCCGCCGCAGUUAUUCAAACUGCUACGUUAUUUUCAUCAUUUUCACGACUCAUGAUCAUGUCAACAGUUAAAACGUUCCAAGUCGUGUGGGGUAUUUUAUGCGAAUUCACUGACUAUUGUUACUUAAGGGUUGUUUGAAACUUGAAAGAAAGCUACGACGUGUUUUUGAGAGGCAAAAAAGUUUAGUAAUGCAUGCUGUGGCUCGCAUGCAAAGUAAUUUUGUUUUUCCCGUUGCCGUUGUCGUUUGCCAAAUUCUCUAUUUAUUCCCUUUAAAACCUAUCCUGGAUUCCAGUAAAUAAUAAAUAAUAAAUAACUCAGUAAAUAAUAAAUUGAAACGUCGUGAAGGCUCUGGUUCAACGGGAGGAUUCUUUGAUUAAACCGCGUCAAUCACAAAACAGAAUUAGUGGUUUUAGUACAGAAUCUGUACUAAAACCACUAAUUUUGAUCUUGUCACGAGAAAGAAAAGUAACGGACUAAAACCACUAAUUCUGUUUUGUAAUUGACGCGGUUUAAUCAAAGAAUCCUCCCGUUGAACCAGAGAAUCCUCCCGUUGAACCAAAGAAUCCUCCCGUUGAACCUACAGUGGUGUACUAAAACCACUAAUUCUGUUUUGUGAUUGGCGCGGUUUAAUCAAAGAAUCCUCCCGUUGAACCAGAGCCUUCACGACGUUUCAAUUUAUUAUUUACUGAAGGCUCUGGAAUCCAGGGUAUUUAAAACCUCACUAAAUUGAGGAAAUUAGAAAGGUUCAGAUUUGAUUUCCACUACGCUACCACUGAGGGACCAUUAACCAAUCGCAUGCGUUUGUUAUAUCCGAUUAACCAAUCAAAUGCGUACUAAGCCAGUGAGAGGUAGUGGAAGUCAAGUCGGAAUCUUCUCUACUUGUGCUCCCAUUAAGCCUUGCUCGCUUAGGGUUUAAAGUUUAAGGUUUAGAGUUUAAGGUUUGCAAAGGACAAGCUUUUUGAAGGUAAUAUUCAUGGGUGUGUGAACUUGUCUUUUUCCGACAGAACUGUUUGAACAAACAGGACAGUAUGAACCAAUUACCACUCGGAUUCGAAAUAUACUUCGAGAGUACAAAGAUGGCGUUGGUGUUUUCAAAGAGCUGAUCCAAAAUGCAGACGAUGCAGGUGCUACUACAGUUAAGUUUUUGGUGGAUUGGAGAAAGGGUGAAACGGGAAGCCUGUUCUCUCCUGGCAUGGCCGAAUGUCAAGGUCCAGCUUUAUGGGCUUACAAUGAUGCUGUGUUUAGUGACGAAGAUUUUGAAAAUAUCAACAAGCUAGCUGGAGAAACGAAAGUGGAAGAUAUUUCAAAGAUUGGUCGCUUUGGUCUUGGGUUUAACGGUGUCUAUCACUUCACUGAUGUACCGAGUUUUAUCAGCCGAGAGCACUUGGUGGUUCUCGAUCCGAAUAUUCACCAUUUGAAACGUCACAUUAAGGACAGGUCCCGUCCUGGAAUUCGUAUUAAUCUUUCAACCAAACCAGAAUCGUUCACGCGUUACCACGAUCAAUUUCAACCGUACAAUGGCGUCUUUGGUUGCAACGCUAUGGAAACAAGUGAUGGCUUUCACUAUAAGGGAACAUUGUUCCGAUUUCCAUUCCGCACGGCUUCUCAAGCAAGUAGUAGUGAUAUCUGCAAAACUGCCUAUGGUCGAGAUAGGAUUGAAGCUAUUGUUAGUAGCCUUUGUGAAUGUGCUUCGACUUUGCUGAUCUUUUCCCAACAUAUCAAGGAAGUGGACGUCUAUGAAUUGGAUGGAUCGAGUCAACCAGAUGAAAUGCAGUUGGUGUUAUCUGUAAACAAACCAAGCGUUCAACCCUUUAGACGAAAAGUGGUGAACAACGAAGAACCUUUUAUUAAGCAGUGCUCAAAGUGGUGGGCAAAGUAUCGUGAAUCUCAAAUGCUCAGCUGUGAAUUCCCAUCUGGCUGUGAGCUCGUUAACAUUGUCACCACGAAGGAACCGUCAGAGUUGAGUCGAUGUGAUCGUAGAUACAGCAGUGAUCAAAUGUGGUUUGUGGUUUCCGCAAGUGGGACUGAUGCUUCCCUCAAAAUUGCUCGCUCACCUAAGGGGCGAGCACGUGGCUUCUUACCCUGUGGCGGGGCAGCGUUUGUUAUUCAGAGAGAGUCCGAGCGAGGUUCCUGGGAAUCGUCUGUCGCUUCACAUUUUUCUGGGGAGCUGUUUUGUUUCCUUCCGUUAUCUAUUCCUACCGGGCUGCCUGUGCAUGUGAAUGGCUACUUUGCUAUCAUGUCUAAUCGCGUUGGGAUUUGGAAACGAACGAAUAUACGAACUCAGCCUAUCGAGGUGGAAUGGAAUGAAGCACUCAUGGAAGACGCAUUGGCCAGAGCUUAUAUCAUGCUUCUCGAAAAUAUGAAAGAAUUGGUUGCUAAUGUUCAGGAUUACAAAUUCCACACAUUGUGGCCAAGUAUUGACGCUGUUGACAUGCAAUCCUGGGAGAAGUUGAUCCAGAAAAUAUGCAGUGUAUUGUUAGAUCCGAAGUCUAAGCUAUUUUACAGCGAUGGAAUAUGGAUGAGUAUCAACGAUGGUUUCUUGUUGAGCGACGAUUUUAACGAGAUCUACGAGACCGCAGUAGAAGUAUUAAAAUCAUUAGGGAUACAUGUUUUUAACCUACCCAGUAACAUUUUACAAACCUUGAUGAAGUUCGACCGAUGGGACAUUUUACAACGACGCACUUUGACCUUUACAGAAUUUGUAAAACAAUACUUCUUCCCAAAGCUCAAAACCUUCACUCAUACUCAACGAGAUGCUAUCGUUUGGUUUGGUUUGGAUCGUAUCUUGAAAGAGAAUGAAUCGUCUCUCCUUGGUCUCUUCAAACAAAAUUCUUAUAUUUCAGUGUCACAAAAUGAGGAAAUCCUUAAGAAGCCUUGUGAACUCAUCCAUCCGUUCGGUCCUGCAGCAGAAUUGUUUUCUGAAGAAGAUCGCCGUUUUCCAGUUGGGAGUGGCCUCCGUGAUGGAAACCGGCUGUAUGUCUUGGAAACACUUGGUAUGGUCAAAGAUCUGGAUUGGACAGGAAUCCUCGAAAGAGCUCAGUCGAUCGCUAAUCGUGAUUUUCAUGCUAAAACUGAACGUUCUCGAAAAUUAAUCGGAUACAUGAACAAGCGAAUAUAUCAACUUCCGAGUCCCGGUUAUUAUUAUAGCAGUCAUUUUCAAUUGGUAAAGUUCUUGCCAGUGUUAAGGAAGCCGGCAGGUGAAUACUUUUUACCAUGGAAAGGAUGGAAUUGUUUUUUGAACUGUCUUUUUAGCCCAAAUGAUGUUUUCCUGCCAAAGGAUGCCGAGCUCUGCGGUUCUUCAUGUUUAAUCGUAAACACAUGUAACAAAACUGGAUGUGGAAAGCUGAAUGACGAAGUGAAAAAUCUCUUGGGAUUUUCGAAACGCCUGCCUAAAGACAAGCUCGUGAUUCGACAGUUAGACGAAGCUAUCAAAUUUUGGAGCAAAUUAUCUGAAGAAGAAAAGCAAGAAACUGCAAAGAGGUUCGCAAUUGAAUCUAUCUGCAAGAAAAUUUACGAAUUCUUUAACAAACGAGUUGCUGAUAAAGCAAAAAAUCAAUGUUCCCAGCUGGGGGAACGAAAUUGGUUGUUUCUUGAAGGAAAAUUCGUGCAAAGCAAGAAGGUGGCUUAUACGUCGAACGGGAAUGGAGCUCCAUUUUUAUUCACAUUACCCUGGAACUACGUGUGUGACUAUCGACAUCUCUUUGAAGCGAUGCAUAUCAAAAAAACAUUUGAUAAUAAAGACUACAUCAGUGCUCUUUAUGAACUAAAAAGCACGAAGAAAGAUUGUUCUCUCACAGAAGAUGAACUUCAGAUUGCAAUCUUUUUCAUCACUCAAAUUAAUGUCGAAAAUCCCACUCUGAAGAACUACUUUGGCAACAUUCCACUGCCGGACACCAACGGUAUUUUCCGCCGAAGCCAAGAUGUUGUUGUAAAUUUAAGUUUGUGGUUCAAAGAUCCUGAUGACAAUCUUAAAGUCCACGAGAAGAUACCACCACAAACGGCACAAGCCCUGGGCGCUAAACCGUUAAAAAAUGUUAUACUGAAGAAGUGUUCACAUCGCAUUGGCUAUGGAGAGUCGUUCGGACAAUACGAGGAGUUAACUGACCGACUGAAAGGAAUUCUAGAUGGAUAUCCUCCUGACGGAAUACUAAAAGAACUCGUACAAAACGCUGACGAUGCUGAAGCCUCAGAGAUACAUUUCAUACACGAUACUCGGUCUCUGGGAUGUGAAAAAGUGGCGAUAGAAAACAAAACAUGCGAAGAAAUACAAGGACCAGCGCUUUGCGUGUACAAUGAUCAACCAUUUACCGACGACGAUCUCGAGGGAAUUAAGAAACUUGGUAUUGGAAGUAAACGCAAAACCAUUGAGACGACUGGGAGGUAUGGAAUUGGUUUCAAUUCAGUAUACCACCUUACGGACUGUCCAAGCUUUCUAUCGAAUGAUGAAACCCUAGUGAUUCUUGAUCCCCAUCGUCGUUAUGUCCUAGAUGAAGAUCCUGGCAAAUUAUUCAAGCUUACUGCAAAACUCCGAAAUGAUUGCUCCGAUACAAUCGAUGGAUAUCUUGCUGACCAUUUUAAUUUACAAGGCUCGACAAUGUUCCGUUUUCCACUGAGACGAGAAAAGAAUGAAUCAAAGAUAUCCAAAGAACCUCCUCCUGACAUGGAGAAACUUAUACAGACCUUUCAAAAAGAAGCCCGCAAGUCGUUGUUAUUUUUAAAUCAUGUUAAGAAGAUAACUCUGUCGAAAAUUCAUCCGAAUGGCGAGUUUGAAGAAAUAUAUCAGGUCGAGACCGUGAUAGCUUCAGAGGAUGAAAAGAAGCGUCAAGACAUGGCACGAAAGAUUUGUGAGCUUAAAAGCACUCCAACAGCAGAAAUUAGAUGGGAGGGAGCUAGUUACACCCUGACAGUCAAAGAGAACAAGAGAGAAGUCGAGAAAUGGUUGAUACAAAAGUGCAUUGGAUCAGUUACUGCAACGCUAAGCACCGCCGAUGGGAAACAGGGUGAAAUUGCCGAUGGCCGCGAACUUGGUGUUCUUCCACGUGGUGGCUUGGCAGCUCAGCUAUGGCCGCAUUCAUCAUCCUCCGACAUGCAAGAAGCGUUUGGUGGCAUAGUAUACUGUUUUCUACCUCUCCCAGAGAAUUACACUAAUCUACCAGUUCAUGUCAAUGGUCAUUUUGUCUUGGAUAGCACCAGACGACGUCUUUGGACCGACACGGAUGGCACAGGACCAAAGUGUAAGUGGAAUCACUUUAUGAACACCUGUGUGUUACCACCGGCCUAUGCCGCUUUGAUCCUGGAAGCUCGUAACCAUCUUUGCGAUGAUGAGGAUGACAACCAACUGUCACGUUAUCAUGCUUUGUUCCCGAAAGAUUUGAGUGAUACUCCUUGGGAGACUCUUACCACUGAAUUGUAUCGUUACCUGGGGCAAACGAGAGCCAAAGUCUUGCCAUUGCUCGUUCCAACCGAGUCUGAAAACCAAUCAAGCAGUAGUAUUCUAAAACAAGCUGCCGACAGUAGCUCUUCGACGCUUAGUGAGGAAAACAUGGAUACAGUGGAUACCUCUGCACAACUGGAACCCGUUCAUGUUACAUGCACGGAAUGGCUUUCAGCUGAGCAAGCAUACUUCAAGAUGCCUUUUUUAAAGGAUAAUUUUUUGCACUUGUUUAUACGAAUUGGCGUUCCUGUUCUGCUCCACGCUCCAUACCUAAUAUACGAAGGUUUUAAAUCAGCUGGUAUAACUUCGCAUAAAAUUACUCCAAGAAGCGUUAUUGAUUUCCUAAGGCUAAGAGCAUUCAAAUGUAAGAUUGGCAAUCUUCCGAAAAAACUCGAAACCACUGCAGUCAAGUGUAUUCCAGAUUUGUCGACACUGAUAAAGUAUUGUUGUGAAUAUGACGAUUUCAGUAAAAAUUUGGCAGGCUUGCCUUUGCUUCUAACCCAAGAUGGCUACCUAAGAGUCUUUGAUUCACAUCAGCCUGUGUUUCGUUCAGGAUUUGGUGGUCUUUUUCCUGCACACCUGCACUUGUUUAUUCACUCUGAAAUAUAUAAUAAAAUUCCAUUGAAAGCCACACAAUCAGAAGAGAGGAUCGUCCGCACAUUAACUGUGAAUGACCUACCAGAGUUAGUACGACACGUGUUCACAAAUCAAGUGUUAAAGGCUAUCGAAGAUGAUGUAACAUGGAAAUUCCCAGCCGAAGGAAUUCUAUCUGAAGAAUGGUUCAAGCAGUUUUGGGACUUCUUGGAAAACCACACAAAGCCCGAGCCAGAUGAAGAUUCUGUGUCGUUAGAAUGCCUGUCGGAAUGGCCCGUGAUUCCAACAACGUGUGGAAAACUUGUAAUGAUUAAAGACGCAAAAGUCGUCUUGGAUAUGACAGCUACUGGAAACGAGUCAGUAUCACAAGAAGACGUUCGUACAUUCUUGAGUAAUCUGAAAUGCCUAAUGUUAAACAAAAAAAUCACUUUCAAAGACAACCAUUACUCGUAUACGACUAGUACAAUUCACACUCCCGAGGACAAAACCACAACCAAUAAAUUUGGACGGGAAACGGCCGUUACUGAUGCCUAUGUAGCACAUCCACACGAUGUUAUAGACGUCUUGGUAGCUCUUAAUCACAUGCUAACUACAGACAGGCUGGACCUCUCAGUGAUCAAUGAAGACGAAAUUCGUAACUUACUUACGUUCGUGCAAGACAAUUACAAAAUGCCGUGUUUAUUGGAAGAGCAUAAGCAGAUAAUAAAGCGUCUACCGUUUCAUAAGGCAUUGAAUGGAGAGUUUGUCAGUUUGAUUGGUCAGUAUCGUUUGUGUGCUCUUAUUCCUCCUGGCGUUCCCAUAGAACAACUAGACGACCUUCAAGAGCGAACAAAAUGUCUUUUUCUCAACUCUGAUGCUUUGCCUGCACUUGAGAAACUCUAUAAAGACCUUAAUGUUACAGUUGGUCAAGACGUCACGCAAUUUUACGUGGAGUAUGUCUUCGGACAUUUUAGCAUUUUUACCAGAGAAAACCAAAUGAAACAUUUAACAUACAUUAGAGACAAAGUCUACCCGUUUUUGCCUCAAGGUACUUCAAUUGAAAAAGACAUAUUCUUGAAGAGUAUGGCACAAACACCGUGUAUUCCUGACCAAGACGACUCUCUUCACAAAGCAUCUGACUUCUUCGACCCGAACAACGAGGUAUUCAAAGUAAUGUAUAAUGGUGAUAACAAUAAAUUCCCUCCUUCACCUUUCAACAAGGAAGAUUGGUCAGGUCUGCUUGAAGAUAUUGGAAUGCUUGUUGAUAUUACACCUCAGUUAUUCCUGCAAUUUUGUACGAUGGUUGCCGAGAAUGCAAGACGUUCUCCUAGUAAUCAACAAUGUCGCGUGCAAUCCAAGGAGCUAGUAAAGUGUCUAUUUGCCGAUAAAUCCUUAAAAGAAGAGAAAUUUCUGUUCCAAGUAUCGCAGAUCGAGUUUAUUGCUCCAGCUAAACUGGAAGAAGAGCUAACCUCGAUACACGAACCAUAUCAGUAUUCCAAAAACGGCUAUCCACCUUUCAUAAAAUUCAGAAAUGCAGUACCGUCGCGAUUGAGAUAUGAUACCUGGACAACUGCUCCCAUACUCCCAGUGUGGGCACAACCUGACAAUAUGGCUAAAUUUAGAAACCUUGGCAUCGCCAGCUCCGGACCAACAUAUUCAAAUGUUCUUGACCAUCUACAAAACGUAGCUAAAUCAUACAAUCUUGACUCAGUUGAUAGUACUCUAUUAAACAAAAUCACCAAGUCCAUUUACAAGUCUCUAUGGAAAUCUGCAACAUGUUGUUGUCACAGUCCAAAUGACGGAUGCAUUAAUGUUUGUAAGAAAAUUGGUGAUCGACUAAAAAGUGUCCCAUGCAUAUUUUUACAAAAAGAGGAUAUUUUUGUGAAAGGUGAACAGCUGGUGUUUAAUCUACCCGAUAAAUGUGAUUUGAAACCAUUUCUUUAUCUCGUACCACGAGAAUUCGGAGAGUUGGAACAUUUCCUAAAACGACUUGGCGCAACCGAAAGACCAACGCCUUACCAGAUUGCUUGCGUUUUGAAAUCUAUAUACAACCGAAUCGGAGAAGAGGUACUAUCGACUGAACUGGAGAUGAAAGUCAAGUAUGCUAUGCAUGUGCUAUUUGAAUUACUUUGCAGGGGCGAAAGUGCUGAUGGAAUCGAUGAAUUGUAUUUACCAAGUCAAGAUAAACAACUCGUCAAAUCUUGCGAAAUGGUUUGUCAAGUUUCAUCACGUUAUACGAAUUUGACUGAAGACCUUCAACGUCCAAUUCUGCUGCGAUUCGAAGAGUGCAAACUUAAAAAGGUUGCUGAUGAUUAUAUUAAUGCUCUACCAGCACAUUUACGUCCUGUAAAGUUUGAUGAGCUAUUUCGAGAAGAGGUCGAUCCCGAGUGCAAGAUUUCCAUCUGUUCUGAGGCUCAAUAUGGUUCCAUAUGCAACUUUCAACAACGGUAUGAAGAUCUGCUGGGAUCUGAUGAGUUCCAGGAAGGCCUUAAACGGUUACUGAUGCACGAUGGCCAAGAUCCUCACGAAUUUGAGGGAAGAAUAAAGAAACUACAAACGGAUGUUCAAACUAAGUGUACCGGCGAGGACAACAUUAAGAUCAAUAUUAUCAAUCGUGAUACCAAUAAAGUUAUGGAUAAUUUAGAAGAAAGUUGUUAUGCAGUUCAAGAUAAUCACGAAGACACAUGGACGUUGUACAUGCAACACGAAUUUAAAGAUAGUAAAACAUUGGUGCCCAUUGCUAUUUGCGUUAACAAGAUUCUGGGAAAUUGUAUACACAAGGAAUCCGGGUUGAUCGCAAUGCUAGGCUGUUCAACUCCAAGUAAAAUUUCACAGGAAUUAGAUAGAUUUGGUAUAACUCACGCGCUUUCUAAAACUGCUGAUGAAUUCAUUCCUCCUGACGACUAUCUAUUUUCUGGAUGGGAUAUACGUGGUGAAGAAAGUAGGAUCGGAAGUGGAACGGGAGUACGUGGUCGCCGUGGUGGGUUUGGAGGAUCUGGUUGGACGAGAGUGAAUGCUGCUGGAAGCCAUGGGACCAACCGGGGUAUAGGUGGUGGUGCAAGUUUUAGUGAUGGCGGUUAUGGCGUUGGUUAUCGUGGUGGUGGUUAUCGUGGUGGUGGGGGUAGUGGUGGAUAUUCAAGGUAAAAUAUGUUUAUUUUAGGUGUUACUACACAUCGAAAAUCCGAACGUCACACCCACAAACAUUGACGACCACACUACAGUAACUACUUUGCAUGUCUACAAUUCUAAUUUUAAACAACCAAUCCGAUUCUUAAUCACAAUUACUAUAAAAAUUUGAUUGCCUGCUAUGGCUGUCUAAAAUGAGGGGUCAUCAAACCUAUUGAUAAUUAAUACAACCGAUGAUUUCAAUGAUCCAUUGGAUGAACCAGACUUAAACAGGCAUAACAUUGGUACUACUACACCGAUUCUAAUAAUCUUAGUGUCAAAAUUCAUCUCUUGGAUUAUAUUUCCGAAGCACACUGUGUACAAAUCUGGAAGAGAGCCACAACACCCUGUAUAAUGUUUCUUUCUUUUGUGUUCUGCUUAUGAAUCAUUAAGUGCGCUUAAAAAUGGUUUUCUUAGUCACAAUAAGAUUAAAUCGACCAAGUUCAUGGUAUGCACUUUGCCGAAGCUAAAGUUUCCUUCCCAUUUAGUGCACAACAGUAAACGUUUUAGGUUAUGAUUAAGGUAUGGGUAAAAUUCAGCGGUAUAAUAUAGGUAGUAAGGAUUGUUAGUAUCAGGAUUAUGAUUACGGAAAGAUUAUUGUGGGUAGAAUCAGGAUUAGGAAUUAAAAAUGGAUUAGAAAUGGUUUAAGGCUAAGGGAUUGCUUUUAACUGUUUUUCAAAUAUCUGCCAGGAUCAGAGAUGAAGAGGAAGACGAAAGAUUUUAUCAAAUGAACCGCGAGGAAGCAAUCCGCUGGCUAGAACAAUCCAAGAGUGACUUAAAAAGUUCAAGAUGGUCACUCCAAUCAGGUCCGCCUUUCAACGCCAUGGCCUGUUUCCACAGCCACCAAGUAGUAGAGAAAUGCUUAAAGGCCAUGUUUUUUUACUACUGUGGGAUCUCUGGUCAAUUGCUUGGCUCUCAUGAGGUGGAAGAACUGGCAGAUGUGCUCAAGAAAGAAACAGGGCGACCGAACGAGGCAGUCAUGGAAUCGGUGAGAAAAUUACCUAAGUACCGAUAUUAUCUAGGUACUCGGUAUCCUAACUGUCAACCAUUUAACAUCGUUCCAGCCGAAGCAUUCGACAAGAAUGAAGCAGAGAUGGCGGUUGAUGCAGCCACGAAAGUGCUUGGAUAUGUCAAGGACUGUUUGAAAGAGUAGUAUAGUGGGUUUCAAAGGGACGGUUUUGACCACAUAAAGAACAUUUGCUUGUAUUUUUAACUGACAAAUUAUCUUAACUGAUCGCUGACAAAUGAUGAAAUGGCAAUUUGGAACAGAAUAACUUUCAAUAUUGAUGAUGCGUUAUAAUAUGACACUAAUACAAUAAUCUUGUUAGACAGUGUUACUUGGCUAGGGUAAAAUAUGCCAUGUUGCACAUACUUAUUGUCAUGAACACUUUUAUGAUAACGACAUGAACAUUUUCAUUUGAAUCGCUACUUUACUUUGCGAUUACAUUUUCGAUGACUUUCAAGACGUUAACUAAAAUUAAAAGAUAAGGAACUAAAUGAACUAGACCGUAAAUCCUCUACAUGUCCCUACGGCAAAUUAAUGUGAACUUUCAGGCAAAUUAAAAAAUCUAAUCAAAAUACACAUGUGUUUCUUAAUAACAGAGAGAGAGAAGUAAUAAGUUUCUUCCUCUAAACAGGGGGACUUAUUUGGAAAGCGGACUUUUCGCAUAAACGAAUUAGCUGAGAGAGGAGCCCUGGACUCUGCCCCCCUUGGCGAAAUUGCCCCCAUCUCUUGGAAUAAUCAAGACCAGUACAAACUACAAAGCAUGUGCAUAACAUUUUCAUUAUUUAUAAUGUAUGUUUUAAACUCUCAGUUUUUUAAUGUCUUGGAUCGUGUGUUAAAUGUUGAUUUAAAAUCACCAAAACCCGAUAAACCCCAAACUAUUUUCGAACUAGCGCCAUGUAAAAUUUCUUCGGCCGGCAUGGUAGAGGGUUUGCGGUAAUCAAAUAAAAAAUUGCACAUAUACCUUGAAUAGGAAAUGGUCCGUAGCAGAAUAGGGGAUAGAGUAGUGCAUAAGGUUUUAGAUAAAUUUAUCUCAACGACAUAUAUUAUGGUACCUACAAUCAUGGCAAAAAUGAUGUACACAAUUAGCUGAAAACUAAAAUGAUUGCAUGCCCAUGUUGGUAACCACGCACCCCCGUGCAAUGGUGAUUUUGAUAAUGCAUCGGCACAAAGUUUUACCUUAACAUUGGUAUUAGCACUUCACCAGGGGGGGGGGGUGCUAAAAGCUGUUUUUGCACGUGAUAGGGCAAAGCAUGUAUUUUCAUUCUUCCCACGCGUUGUCCACAAUAAUUUUUGCCACGAUUAUAGGUAUAUACCUACUAUCUAAUGUGAACACGUUUUCUGAUUGCUUUUCUGAAACGAAAGUGAUCAGCGGUUUACGGUUCGCUCUGGAAAGAUGAUUUCUAUACCGUAUUUACUCGUUUGAGCGCCGCGGCGCUCUUUAAAUUUUCAGAGCUUCAGAUGCGGCGCUCAUUCGGGGGCGGCGCAACCUCGUUCCCAGGGCUUUUCCUUUUUGUCAUUGGCAAAGCCCUGGGAACGAGGUUGGGGGGCGGCGCUCUUUAAAAAAAAUUAUUUGUGAAUUAUAACAAGAACUUUUAACAAUAAAAAAAAAACAAGUUUUGCAUGUCUUUGUCACUAUUUUGACGGCGGAAAGUUUUUACACUGUUUAAUGCGGCGCCCAUUCGGGGGCGGAGCUCAAUCGGGGGCAGCGCUCAAUCGAGUAAAUACGGUCAUUUUUUGUCGGUUAAGUGUCAUUGAAAAUGGCAUUAAUAAUUGAUGAAGAAAAUUCAAAAGUGAUGAACUAUAAAGAUUUCGCCCUGAUUUAUACAUAAAUUUUAGUUACGAUUUUCUCGGUUAUUAAAACGAACCAAUUUCCAAAAUUAUUGGUAAACUUGAUUACUUAGUAAUCCAGAAAGGCUGUACAUAUAUGAACAGGUCAAGACCAGGUCGUAUUGUGAUAGUAAAUACCUGAUGAACUAUAUUUCAUCCAGUCGUAUAGGAGUCGUUUACAUGAUCCCAGUUUGCCGAGACGAGCUAUGAGGCGGGC